AUGCCAAGCGACGACCGGCCCCAGACCUUUAACCUGUUCGUGUAUGGCGUCCUCGCCGUCCCAGCCAUCCUCCAGCGCGUCAUCGGACGCAAGGGCGAGGAGCUCACGUUCCAGGACGCUAUCCUUCCAGGUGCCGAGUAUCCCGGUGUCGUGGAUGAGAAGGGAACCGCCGAGCUCCUUGGCCAAGAUGUUGGCCAGCUGAGCGAGGACGACCGCAACACGGCUGGUACCCUCAUCUGCGGCCUGACCGCCAAGGACAUUGAACUGCUGGACGUGUUUGAGGACGACGAGUACAGCCGUAUUCCCAAGACGGUCCUCACCCUCGGCUCUCCCAAGGCCCUCGGCGACGUUCCCGCCAAGACGCUUGCGAAACGCUCUACAGUUACCACUGGUACGGCCGAGGCCGACGUAUAUAUCUGGACCGCGUCCGUGUCCCUUCUCGAGCCCGCUAUCUGGAGCCUUGACGAGUUUGUCCGCAGCAAGGGUGCCGCCUGGAUCGACGUCAACAACGACAUGUAUGCCCAAGUUGAAGCUGCGCGCUCGCUCGGCACGGCCGACGCCGACGGCCUUGUCGGCAAAGAGGUCGCUGGCUUCCCCACGUUUGGCCACAACAUGAAGUCGUACUGGGGCUUUGCUCCCAACUACGUCAACACAAACCACGGCUCGUAUGGUUCGCCUCCCCUCGCGGUCAUGGAAGCCAGGGAGAAGCUGUCGCGCAAGAUUGACAGUCGCGCGGACAUUUUCAUGCGUCGCGAGUUUGAGAUCCAGCUCGCCGAGGUGCGCGCCAAGACGGCACCGAUCGUCAACGCCGAGGUGGACGAAUUUGUGUUUGUCCCCAACGCGACACACGGUGUCAACACGGUCGCGACCAACAUUGACUGGGUCGAGGGCGACAUUAUCGUCGUGUACGCCACGACCUACGGUGCCGUGACGCAGACGAUGAAGCACCUCUGUGACCGCAACCCUGGUAUCCGCCUCGAGGUGAUCAUCACAAAGUUCCCGUGCUACCACUCGGAGAUUGUCGAGGCCACCGAGGCCGUGCUGGCAAAGUACAACAAGCCCACGGGCAACGUCCGCGGCGGCGAUGCGCCGCCCACGGCCACAGGUCUCAGCGACAAGGAGCGUGUGCGCAUGGUCGUCGUCGACGGCAUUGCGUCUGUCCCCGGUGUCAUCUAUCCGUGGGAAGACGUCGUCUCGCUGUGCCACAAGUAUGGCGCCCUCUCGCUCGUGGACGCUGCCCACUCGAUCGGCCAGCACCACGUCGACGUCAAAAAGUCGGACCCGGACUUUUGGGUCACCAACUGCCACAAGUGGCUCAUGUCCCACCGCGCCAGUGCCGCGAUGUACGUCCCCUUCCGCAACCAGCGCCUCAUCCGCUCGUCGUUCCCCACUGGUCACUUUUACGAGUCGGAGCGAUACCCUACCGUCGGCGGCGCGCCGCACCCGUGGAAGUUUGUCGAGCAGUUUGGCUGGAACGGGACCAACGACUGGACCCAGUUCCUCAGCGUCGGCGACGCGAUCGACUUUAGGAAGAGUAUCGGUGGCGAGGACCGUAUCAUUGCGUACAACCACUCGCUGGCCGUUGCCGGCGGCAAGCGCCUCUCGGAGCGCUGGGGCACGCGUGUUAUGGAGAAUGACAAGGGCGAGCUGACGGCUGCAAUGGUCAACAUCGAGCUGCCCAACUUCCCCAUCCCUGCGGACGGCCCCGGGCAGUUCAAGGUCUCCCAUUUUAUCGAAAACUGCCUGUUGUACGACUACGACACCUUUGUGGCUCCGAUGAUCCACAACGGCACCUGGUGGGCGCGGUUCUCGGCGCAGGUCUGGGUCGAGCUGUCCGACUUUGACUAUGUCGCCGACUGCCUGGACAAGAUCAAGGCGCGUAUCGAGAGGGGCGAGCACCUCACGGCCAAGUGCGAGUGCAUCUACUGCAGCCGCACUGUGGUUGCGUGA